AUGAGUAAAAGAAAGACACUUUACAAGCCAUCUCUUAAACCAGUCACUCCUCCUUUUGCACCUAACAAGAGCAAGAUCAACGGUCAAGAUUCCUCUCACUACUUGUUUCCAGCACUUGAAAGCUCCCCUGAGUCUUUUGUGUAUAGUUUCUAUGAGGAGGAUGAUGAAGAUGAGUUCGUUAACUCUUCCAACUUCAAGACCGACUCAAAGAACAGAGCUUCCACCAAGCACAAGGUCAAAGAGUUUGAUUCUAUGGAGAAAGCUUGUCCCGCAAGUAAUCUAAAGAAGAAACCACAGAAAAUCCAUCUUUCGGUGAAGAUUAACAGAGAGAUAGGAGAAGAUGCAUGUAGAGACGAGAAGAAAUACCAGAAGCAAGUUUCAAGUGGAAGAAAAUCCUCUGCAGGGAUAAACCUCAGAAGAGUAAAUUCACCAAGAAUUCAACUCUCAGGUUCGCGUAGAAGCACGUCGAGAUCAGAGAACAAACAAGUAGUUCUUGAGAGUUUCGCAGUGAUGAAGCGUUCCGUUGAUCCAAAGAAAGAUUUCAGAGAAUCAAUGGUGGAGAUGAUAGAAGAGAACAACAUCAGAGCUUCAAAAGACUUGGAGGAUCUUCUUGCUUGUUACCUUACCUUGAAUCACAAAGAGUAUCAUGAUCUAAUCAUCCAAGUUUUCGAACAAAUCUGGCGUCAACUCACAAAAAACUAA